GACCUUGUUUUAGGAUAAACCUAACUAAAGACUUUGCUCUUGCGCUGCCCAGCGCCGAUAAAAGCUCCCGUCGACGGCGACCUCAGUGUCGUAUUGUCGAGAAUCACACCUAUUCUUCCGUGUCAGACUUGUUGACUUCCUCUCCUCUUUCUAUUUUACUACUAUUUUCAUUUCUUGUUCGAACUGUACAAUUGAAUUAGUAGAUUCAAAUUAGUUUGUGCGGCCGGGAUUCUUUUUCCGGCGUAAUGAUUUUGAGAGUGGCAGUACUUAUAAAUGCGAUUUUAUUAUUGGGCAAGUUGUGUUUUCCGCGUGUUGCAGAGCUGUAGAUAUGAUGGGUUUAGACCAUGUUUUCUUUAGCCCUAGUAGGUCCAAGGAUAGUCCACAAGUUUUCAUAUUGUUUGGCUAUUUCUCGCAAGCUUUGUGACCAGCCAUUUGAUGGUGACCGUGUUGAAAGUGGAUUUGAUUUUGUCGAGGAACCGUUGAGGAGAAUGUGGAAUCAAUCGGAUUUUGAUGCCAUUGGAAAUAGAGGUCAUAAUUCGCAUGAGGAUGAGAGCAAUAACCCGAAACAUUUUUCACUUAGACAGGGAUUCUUAGAAAGCGUGAAGAUAGAUGCUGAGCGGGUUUAUGAAGUUCUUCGCCAGGAUGGUCCUGGAAUUGAUGCCAGAUUGGUUUUAAAUGAGUUGGAUGUAAGGCCAUCAGGUCUUCUUGUUAGACAAGUUCUCUUUUGUAUUUUGAAGAAUAUUAGUUGUGAAAGUAAGACCCGGUAUGCAAAAUUGGCCCAUAAAUUUUUUGUUUGGUGCAGUCAGCAGCAGAAUUACCAGCAUACUGCUGAUUCCUAUCACUUAAUUAUGAAGAUAUUUGCAGAGUGCGAAGAGUUUAAAGCAAUGUGGAGGCUAGUCGAUGAGAUGAAUGAGAAAGGAAUCCCUACGACUGCACGAACAUUUCACAUUUUGAUUUGUACUUGUGGUGAGCUAGGCUUCGCUAAGAAAGUGGUGGAUAGGUUCUUAAAAUCAACUAUGUUUCACUAUAGGCCCUUUAGGCACUCCUACAAUGCAAUCCUCCAUUGUCUUCUCAAUCUAAAGCAGUACAAGUUAAUUGAGUGGGUUCAUCAACAGAUGUUGCUUGAGGGUCUUCCCUCAGAUAUUUUAACUUAUAAUAUUGUCAUGUAUGCCAAGUACAGACUUGGGAAGUUGGAUCAGUUCAACAUAUUGCUUGAUGAGAUGGGUAAAAAUGGGUUUUCUCCUGAUUUUCAUACUUAUAACAUUCUUCUUCACGUUCUUGGUAAAGGAGACAAACCACUUGCAGCCCUUAAUCUCCUAAAUCACAUGAGAGAAACAGGUAUAGAGCCAACUGUUCUUCAUUUCACCACAUUGAUAGAUGGACUCAGCAGAGCUGGGAACAUGGAUGCUUGCAAAUAUUUUUUUGAUGAAAUGAUAAAGAAUGGAUGCAUGCCAGAUGUGGUGGCUUACACGGUAAUGAUCACAGGAUAUGUAGUGGCUGGUGAGAUCGAGAAAGCUCAAGAAAUGUUCCAUGAGAUGAUUUCUAAACAACAAAUCCCAAAUGUAUUCACAUACAAUUCUAUGAUUCAUGGAUUGUGUAUGGCAGGAAAGUUUGAUGAAGCAUGUUCAAUGCUCGUAGAAAUGGAGGCUAAAGGUUGUAAUCCAAAUUUUGUUGUGUACAGCUCCUUACUAAGUAGUUUGAGGAAAGCUAAAAAGCUUGCUCAAGCUCAUGAAGUAAUGAAGCAGAUGAUGGAAAAGGGAAAGUACGCCCAUCUACUUUCAAGGCUCAAAGGGCACAAGAGAUAGCCAGAUAUAGAUUCUCUGACUGGAGAUGACUCAAGGGCAUCAACUCAUAAAUCUUGUUUACUGAGAUGAUUCACCUGCUUCUUUUUCAGCUGGUAUAGAAGGUGGGGAAACUAUUCCCUCUGCAUUUGCGAUGCCGCUUACUUCUCAAGAAAAAUAGAAGGCGGGGCCAAUGGUCAAGAUUUGAGAAGCUUUACUGGAAGUUGCCAAGAGAGAUAUCAUUGCAACAAGAAGUCGCUAUUACAGAAGUAUGAAGCUGGAGUAGAAUGGCAUUACAAGCUUGCUGGUAGCGAGAUAGUGGCUGUUGAAGGUUGAAGAAGAGGGUAAGUGGUGAUGGCAGAGUGAAAAAAACGAGUGAUCAGGUUAAAAAAGAUUGCAAGGGCAAAUUUGUCAAUAAAUAAGAUUAAAGAGGCUAGAAUUGUCAGAAAAAGUCAUUUUCCGUGGAAGGGGGCACUUUUUCCCUCGCCCCAAUGGAAGCAAACGUCCACCAUUUUGAUGAGGAAGCCAACUUCAAAUGCACCAAGCAUACAUUUUUUUAGGCUUCCAUCCUGACUUUCACUUCCCUUGUCCCCCGUCCAUUUGUACCAAAUGGGGCCCCAGAUUCCUGCUCGUGUGCUAGUAUAAUGAGCAAUGUUUGGAUUCAUAUGUUCUAUAUUUACUGUGUAUUGUGAUGAUCUUAGAAAUAGAAUAUCUGGUGCUUCCCGCACAUGACAGUUGUGUAGUUGACUUAUGAUAUGCUAGGCUUUGUUACAUACUUGAACAACGAACAGGGUAAAAGUUGGGGACAGCAGACGAUGUGGUAUCUGUUGAGCAGCAAGUUUAAAUGCUGGCUGUAAGACCAGCUAGUUGAUGUUGCGAUGGUGCAUCUGUUAGCUAAAUAAUUUUUGAUCAGUUGACUUAUGAUCA